GCCCAGUCCGGCCCGAGCCCCCCGACGGACGUUGCUCUUCUGCAGCGAGUAGCAGAGUUGGAAAAGGUCAAUGCAGAAUUCCUGCGCACAAAGCAGCAACUUGAGCAAGAAUUCAAUCAAAAGAGAGCAAAAUUUAAGGAGCUGUACUUGGCUAAGGAAGAGGACCUCAAAAGGCAGAAUGCAGUGCUGCAAGCAGCCCAGGAUGACCUGGGGCAGCUGCGGACACAGCUGAUGGAAGCUCACGCGGAGAUGGAGAACAUCAAGGCCAUAGCUACAGUGUCUGAGACCACAAAGCAGGAAGCUAUUGACGAGGUGAAGAGGCAGUGGCAAGAAGAAGUAGCUUCCCUACAAGCUAUUAUGAAAGAGACUGUCCGUGACUACGAGCUGCAGUACCACCACAGGCUGGAGCAGGAGCGAGCCCAGUGGAACCAGUACCGGGAGAACGUGGAGCGGGAGAUCGUGGAGCUGCGGCGGCGCCUGUCCGAGGGGCAGGAGGAGGAGAACCUGGAGAAUGAAAUGAAAAAGGCCCAGGAGGACGCCGAGAAGCUGCGUUCAGUUGUGAUGCCUAUGGAAAAAGAGAUUGCAGCACUAAAGGAGAAACUGACAGCAGCUGAAGAAAAAAUUACAGAGUUAGAGGCAUCAAAGGUUAAAGAACUGAACCAUUACUUGGAAGCUGAGAAAUCAUGCAGGACAGACUUAGAGAUGUAUGUGGCUGUUCUCAACACACAGAAAUCAGUCCUGCAAGAAGAUGCAGAGAAGCUGAGGAAAGAACUGCAUGAAGUCUGCCAUCUCUUGGAGCAGGAGAGGCAGCAGCACAACCAGCUGAAGCACACCUGGCAGAAAGCCAACGACCAGUUCCUGGAGUCCCAGCGCCUGCUGAUGAGGGACAUGCAGCGCAUGGAGAUCGUCCUCACCUCCGAGCAGCUGCGCCAGGUCGAGGAGCUGAAAAAAAAGGACCAGGAAGAAGAUGAUCAGCAAAGGCUAAGCAAGAGAAAGGAGCAGAAUCAGAAGGGUUCAGAUGAUGAAACAAAAGCUUCCUGUUCUCUAGCCACUGAGGAAACCCUCCUCCAGCUCUCUAAUGAAGAGGUGCAAGUCAACAGCACCCACGGCUCAGUCCAUUCGCUGGAUGCAGACCUGCUGCUUUCUUCUGGUGAAUCUUUCAGUAAAGCAGACAAUGACAUGUUCAAAGAUGGGCUGCGGAGAGCACAGUCCACAGACAGCCUGGGCACCUCUGGAUCCUUACAGUCCAAAGCCUUAGGAUACAACAACAAAGCAAAAUCUGCUGGGAACCUGGAUGAGUCUGACUUUGGACCACUUGUGGGAGCAGAUUCAGCCUCUGAGAACUUUGAUACAGCUUCCCUUGGGUCUCUGCAGAUGCCAAGUGGGUUCAUGCUAACCAAAGACCAGGAAAAAGCAAUCAAAGCCAUGACCCCAGAGCAAGAGGAGACAGCUUCCCUGCUCUCCAGCGUGACCCAAGGGCUGGAGAGUGCUUACGUCUCGCCCAGCGGCUACCGCCUGGUCAGUGAGACCGAGUGGAACCUGCUGCAGAAGGAGGUGCAGAACGCAGGGAACAAGCUGGGCAGACGCUGUGAUAUGUGCUCCAAUUACGAGAAGCAGUUGCAAGGUAUCCAGAUUCAGGAGGCUGAGACAAGAGACCAGGUGAAAAAGCUGCAGGUGAUGCUGAGGCAGGCUAAUGACCAACUGGAGAAGACAAUGAAAGAUAAACAGGAACUGGAGGAUUACAUGAAACAAAGUGCUGAAGACUCCUCCAAUCAGAUCUCUCUGCUGAUGGCUAAGUGUCAGAAGUCAGAGAACCUCCUGGGUGAGCUGCAGCAGGCGUUCUCACAGGCCAAGAGGAGCGUCCAGGAGCAGAUGGCUGUCCUGACCCAGUCAAGGGAGCAGGUUUCAGAAGAGUUGGUGAGACUGCAAAAAGAUAAUGAAAGUCUCCAAGGAAAGCACAGCCUGCACGUGUCCUUGCAGCAAGCUGAGGAUUUCAUUCUGCCAGAAGCAGUAGAGGAGCUCCGGGAGCUGAUUCUGAAGUACCGGGAGGACAUCAUCAGCGUGCGGACAGCAGCAGAUCACCUGGAGGAGAAACUGAAGGCUGAGAUUUUGUUCUUAAAAGAGCAGAUUCAAGCUGAACAGUAUUUGAAAGAAAAUAUAGAAGAGACUCUACAGCUGGAGAUAGAGAAUUGCAAAGAAGAAAUAGCUUCCAUUUCCAGUUUAAAAGCUGAACUGGAAAGAAUAAAAGUGGAAAAGGAACAGUUGGAAAGUUCUUCCCAGGAAAACCUGCAGCAGCUGGAGAGUCUUAAGGAAACAAAAAACACUCUAGAAGAGCAGCUGAAGAAGGAAACAGCAGCAAAGGCCAACCUGGAACAGCUGGUGUUUGAAGAGAAGAACAAAGCUCAGCGGUUGCAGACUGAGUUAGAUGUCAGUGAGCAAGUGCAGAGAGAUUUUGUAAAGCUUUCUCAGACACUUCAGGUGCAGCUGGAGCGGAUCCGGCAGGCGGAUUCCCUGGAGCGGAUCCGAGCCAUCCUGAAUGACACAAAACUGACGGACAUUAACCAGCUGCCUGAGACAUGACAGCCUGCUCUGCUGCUCCAAGGCUGCCUGGGGCUUUUAACUCAUCUUUAGAGCAACAUUAAUUAUUAUUUAACUCUAACAGGAAGAGCAGAAGAGGAGCAGAGGGGAGUGCUGACUUACCUUUUGUUUCUAGAGGGGGAAAAAGGUUUCGUACUGGGCAGGAAGAGAGCCCCAGGCUGGCUUGCAGGGUGGGGAGGAGAAGGUUGUGAUGGCAACACUAAUGUGUGGUGUCCCCUGUGCCACUGAGUGGGAUCAGUCGUUACACCCUGAAACACUUCCCUCUUUCAGCCGAUUCCGUAACCUAUUCUAGACUUCUGGAACAUUGACCCCCCCCCUGUCUUUUCCCCUCUGUCCUUUCCCCCACCCCCACUACUGUGAUCAAAGUAGCUGCUGGAAACCAUCUUGUCCCUCCAAAGCAUUGAAGAGCAAAGUGGUUGACGUUUCCCUGUUUGCCCUAGUCAGUCCCAGUAUUCAGCUAGCAGAGAGGAGGAGGUGUAGAGUAUGCUGU